AUGCUCCCACUAUCGCUGCUAAAUGCAGCUCAAAACAAGCCUAUGCUUGUCGAACUCAAAAAUGGCGAGACCUUCAAUGGACAUUUGGUCAACUGCGAUACUUUUAUGAACAUCACGCUACGUGAAGUCUACCAGACAAGCCCUGAGGGAGAUCGCUUCUGGAAAUUGAAAGAAUGCUACAUUCGGGGGAGCAUGAUCAAAUACCUGCGCGUCCCAGACGCGUUGCUUGAUAAUGUAAAGGAGGAGCAACUACGCGCUCGAGAUGCAAAUCGCGGCCGUGGUGGUGCGCCAGCGGGAAGAGGCGGACGCGGCGCUCCACCAAGGGGCGGUCGCGGGGGUCGCGGAGGACCAAUGCCUCGUGGACGGGGUCGUGGGCGAGGUGCCUAA